AUGUCUACAUACAUCCGUCCUUCAGUACUGGCCCUGCCAGAAAUCUUGAGUGAAAUCUUCACUUGGAUUGACAUGGACUAUUCAGCGCCCCAUCGCCAGCGCGAUCUACUAAAUUGCGCCUUGGUAGAUAAGGCGUGGUGCCAUGAAGCCCUUCGUAUCCUGUGGAGCGACACACGCACGAGCGACACCCUGGAGAGACUCAUGAUCAAGAUCCCCAUCAACCGCCGCCAGAUUUAUGCCAACUUUGUCAAAAGAGCCAGGGUGAGCAGCUAUAACUUGCAAGCGGGCCCGGUAGCAUUUGGGGUCAUGGAAAAUGUGAUUUUCCCACAGUUACACACCUUGGAUCUUCUUCUGGGCCAUUGCAACGGCUGCGUACAUCGCUUUGUCUAUGUUCCAGAUUUCAAGAUGCCCAGUCUCCGGACCCUUCAUAUUAGUGGGACUUCUGAUAUCAAUCGGAACGUUUGUAUGGACCAGGGUGAAUGGGACUAUAUGGCUUCCCGGAUUCUGGAAGUCUUUCCAAGAUUGGUGAAUGUGCUAGUUGAAAUACCGACCGUUCUCGAUAUUGAGGGAUUCGAGGCCUUUGCUGAGAAACUGCCAAAGCUGCAAUCGCUCGCGUUUGAGGAACUUGUCUCUCCAUCAGAACUUGAAAAUGGGGGGGAUACUACAGAAAGGGAGGAUACGGAUAACGAAGACACUGAGAUAGGUAGUGAGGACAUUGAGAUGGUGGAUAGCGAUGACAUGGGGAGUGACGAUAUGGAUAUUGAUGGCGAGGAUUUUCAGAAUGCAGUUAGUAGGCUUUUUGUUCAGGUCAAAGCUCUCAGCUCUUAG